GUUUACUAAUAUGGCAUUAAAGUUAGCAUCUAACCAAAAGUUACCAUUCUACAUUCUUUAUAAAACUAUCUUUAAAAAGCCUAUCUUAUAUAAUAACAUUGUUAAUUUAAGACAUAAAAGCUACACUGAAAAAGCUCCAUCUUUAUUUAACAAAGAUGAAGUAAAUAUGUUGAAAAAAACAAACUUGCCACCCAAUAUCAUUGUCACAGAAGCAUCAAAUAUAGAAAAAAAUCAAGCUGCUGAUAGUUUUUAUAGUACAUCAAUUUUCUAUGAUGAGACUGUUUGCAAGUUUGUCAAUUGCAUGAUGAAAGAUGGUAAAAAAGCUGUUUCACAAAAAGUUAUGCAUGAUACAUUUCUAGCUAUUAAAAAAAUCCAACUUGAAAAAUAUCACAAAUCUAUAGAUUCCUCAAAUGUGGAACUUGAUCCAUUAAAGAUUUUUCAUGGUGCCAUAGAAAAUGUAAAACCUGUACUUGGUACUCAAAAUAUUAAAAAGAAGGGGAAAAGUUUUAAAGUUCCUUACCCAUUGCCACUUAAUAGGCGGAGGUUUUUAGCCAAUAAAUGGCUUUUAGAAAGUGCAAAAAAACUUCCUGGAAAUAAUGUACGAAUGAGCCAAAAACUUUCAAAAACUAUUCUUGAUGCAUAUAGAAAUGAAGGAAGUGCUGUUCAAAAAAAAAUCGAAUUUCAUAAGCAAGCAGAAGCAAAUAGAGCUUUAGCUCAUUAUAGAUGGUGGUAAUGACAUAACAUUUGUUUCAAUGUAAAACUUUUUGAAUUGAAUAAUUAUAUUUGAAACUUUAAA